AUGGCGCGCACAAAGCAGACGACAAGGAAGUCGUUUGGCUUCAAGGCCCCAAGGAAGUGGUUGGUGACGAAGGCGGCACGCAAGUCGGCCCCGAUCUGCGGUGAAGUGAAGAAGGCCCACCGCUUCCGCCCCGGCAUAGCUGCCCUUCGGGAGAUCCGCAAUUACCAGAAGAGCACCGAGUUGCUGAUCCGCAAGCUGCCGUUCCAGCGCCUGGUGCGGGAGAUCGCGCGGGACUUCAAGACCGACAUGCGCUUCCAGAGCUCUGCCAUCUUCGGGCUACAGGAGGCCGCUGAGGCGUACCUCGUCGGUUUCUUUGAGGACACCAACCUCUGUGCCAUCCAUGCCAAGCGCGUCACCAUCGUGCCCAAGCAUAUCCAGCUCGCCCGCCGCAUCCGUGGGGAGAGGGCUUAG